AUGAUUGAGUCACUCACCGUGUUGACGUUCAACGUCCGAUCGAUGAAGAACGCAGUCAACCAAGUCAAAAUCAUCCGUUAUCUCAAAACCUUUCGGCCGGCCCCUGCGGCCAUCCUCCUGCAAGAGCACCACCUCAGCUACAACGCGUCGCGCGAAGGCUUCGAGAGUGCUUGGCCGGGGGCUUGUAUUCGUUUCACUCCUCAUGUCCUUACCCUCAUACCCGAUGGCUCACCUUUGGCGGGCCAUCUCCUUUCCUCUACCCCGGUCGUCUUUGCAGGAGCUCCUCGUUUCGACGGUCGGAUUCUGCGCUCGGUGUUUCGUCUUGAGGAGCUCGAUGUCGAGAUCAUCAACAUGUACGCGCCGGUGCAGGAGGACGAUCGUCGCGACUUUUUCGGGCUUCUGCACUUCAACGCCCCGAGACCCAAGAUUCUUCGGAUCUUGGCCGGCGAUCUCAACGAUUGUCCGGAUGUAUCGGUCGACCGAGUGUCCAUCACCGAUCGCGCUUGGACUCCUGUAUCGCACUGGCAGACCUUGCUGUCAAAGAUCGCGUUCAAGGCACUCGACACGGUCCGACAUGUCCAUCCUUGCACCCCUGCAUUCACUCGUCCUCACUACCGUGGUAGAGGGGAAGAGCGAAAGAUUUGCUCGUGGUCGCGGAUCGACUAUAUUCUUGUCCAAUGCAGUUGGGCGAACCGGUUGUUGAGCGCUUCUACGCUCUUCGAUGCGCCCUGUUCGGACCACAGACCUGUAGUUGCGACUUUCGCUUUGCCUACAUCGAACGCUGAUGCCGAACCCCCCCUUUCUCUUCCCUCCACGAGCGAUUUCAUUUCGAGGCUCAACCCAAUGGUCUUUGACGAUCAAGACUUUGUCGCAUCGAUUCCCGGGGUCGUCGACGAGGUCUAUCGAAGGCUCGAGGGGACCGCUCCGCUCGGCGACGUCUAUGACGCCGCUCUGCGGGCGGUUGCAGUCGCUGGCCAUGCACGAUACCGCUCGACUCGUGCCGACAUGCGCCGACUGCGGGCCGAGAGCCAAUCCGUCAUGGAGGCUUUGGAGGCACGCGGUGAGCACAUGAAUGAGGCCGAGCGCGAUGCGUAUGCUCUUGCCAAGUCGCGGUUGGACCAGUUGGCGGUAAAGGAGGCUCAGUGGCUGCGCAUUCGUGCGCAUGUGCCGUCAGUCGACUCGAGGGAAGGUCAAUCGGCAAGCAUUCGCACGCGCCUCAACCGCCGGAGUCGCCAGACGAGCAUCGUCUCGCUGGAGGAUGUGGAUGGCACCGAGACCGUUGACAUGCAGGAGGCGCUGGGUAUUGCUUCACGGCACGCGCAGUCGCUCUUCACGCCGGACCCAGCUCGUGGCGACCCGACGAACGCACGCCGGUCCCUGCUCGACCCUAUUCGCGCAGCGAAAUGCUACGAUGACGACCGCUCGGACCCUACGUUCGGUCGUCGGCUGCCUCGUCAAGCGAGAGUGGCGCUUGACGAGCCCUUCACCCUCCUCGAGGUUGAAGCGGCGUUGAAGAAGACGGAUUCGGGGCGAUCACCGGGGCCCUCGGGCAUUCCGUACGAGCUCUUCAAGGCGCUGCCAACCUACUUUGCUCCCAAGCUGUUGGACUUGUUCAACUCGAUUUGGGAGGGCGGCAAAAUGACGGCGUCCUUGGCAGAGGGGCUGGUGCGGCUCUUGCCCAAGAAUAAACCGGGGGCCAAUCUGAAAUCACUGGGGGCAUACCGACCGAUCACAUUGCGCGAGACGACCUACAAGGUCCUCAGCAAGGUCUUGGUGGCGCGACUCAAUGGGGUGCUCGGCGAGCUUUUACCGCCGGCGCAACACGGUUUCAUGCCAUCAAGACGUUCAGCGGACGCGGGAAGUCAUCUCACUCUCCUUCUCGAAAAACUCAAGUCGCUAGGCACUGAUGUUUUCCCCGAGGGCGCCCUCUUGUCUUUGGAUCAGCAGAGCGCGUACGAUCGGGUCGAUCACGCCUGGAUCUUCGAGGUCUUUGAGGCCUCUGGGUUCGGUGAGCGUUUCAUCUCGCUGCUGCGCGCUCUCUACGAUCCCGAGACUCUGGGGGUGCGCUACCUUGUCAAUGGGUUCCCCACGGACUUGGUGCGGUUGCUGUGUGGUCUCGGUCAGGGGGAUCCCCUCUCGUGCCCGGUUUGGAACAUCACGGUCCAGCCCUUCCUCGACGCCCUCGUUCGGCGCGGGAUCGCGCUCGACCUGCAGAAGGUGUGGCCAGGGGGGCCGCGUGCGCAGCUUACGCAUCUGGCGUUUGCCGACGAUGCUGUGGUGGUGGUGGAGUCACCGGCGGCAUUGUCGAAGCUGCAAACGCUGUCGCAGACGUGGUACGAGGCUACCAACGGGAAGACCAACACGGACAAGACGCUGGUGCUACCACUCGGACCGAACUGGCUUCGGGACGAGACUGCGCAGGCGCUGCCAACGGUGCAGGAGGGGGAGAGCUUCAAGUGGUGCGGCUAUGCCUUCUUUCGCCACGGUGACUCGAAACUGUUCUGGACCCAUGUUCUUGACAGGAUCAAGGCCAAGGCCCGCGCCGCUCGAGACCGGACACUUUCGCCGAGUGGGAAGGUUUUCUAUGCCAACGCUCACAUCAUCUCGACGGUCCUCCACGUGCUGUCCUUCGACAUACCGCCUCAAUGGUUCAUUAAGGCGGCGGAGACGGCACUUACGGACUUUGUCUGGGGAGGAGCAGGGCGAAAUACCGUCGCUCGCGAUUUCGUGUUCCAGGCUCGGGAGGACGGUGGCUUGGGUUUGAUUUCGAUUGGCGACAUCGUUCAUUCGGUGGCGCUUCGAUUUUGGGAUGCUGUGGCGGGCUCGGACGAGGCGAUCUGGGCGCCCCUAGCUCGCGAGAGCUGGAGGUGCCUCGUCGCUGCGACCCGCGAUUUCAGUCCGUGGGGGUUCUUCAGCAGCACGGCUCGGGUCGAGAAGCUGUAUCGCGACUCGACGCGCUGGGGGGCAGUCGUUGCAGCGGCCAGGGUCACAGUUCCAACCAUCAAGUCCGAACUCCUUACGCUUCCCGAAUUGCUCUCGCUUCCGCCUCGCCUCCCUUCACUCUAUGCUGAAGGUGCCCAGCACGCAUAUGACGAUGCGGACGCGGUGGCGAAGUUUGCGCAGAUCGCGGACCUGUACUGGAGGGACGAAGGGAAGGGAUGGGCUCUGGUUGGUCAUCGACGCGGGUUCUGGCAGCACUCUAAGGAACCCGCCCUACAGCACGAGCACGUGUGGUCGCGCGUGGGUCAGUUGCUCAAGGCGAAAGCGUUGCUGCCCAAGACCGCGUUGCGACCUGCUCGGAUACCUCUCAAGGAGGCUCCCCGUCCUCGGUGCUUCAACUUCUUUGGGCUCUCCCGACCUUUUACGAUUCGCAAGCUUCGUCGGCUUGUGAACAAGGUGCGGUUCCCAGGGAGGGAGGACCGUGUCAAGCGUUUCCCUGAUGGGACUUCUCAGAGCGAUAGGAAGCGCUUCUGGAGAUGGCUUCAUGACCGGUUCGCGUCUGCUGUCGAGCAGGACACCCACUGGCGGCUCAUGUACGACGUGACGCCGACGCGCAAGAGGCAGCAUACUCAGGGUCAUGCCUCUUCGCCGACGUGUCUGUUCUGUGGCAACGAUGCAGCGGUCAUCGAGACGGUGUCCCACUACUUUUUCGAGUGCGCGUACUCGACCAGCUUCUGGGGUGGGGUGCUACGCAUUCUGCUUGACAAGCUCGGCAUCGAGGAUACCGACGUCGAUCCGUCGACGUUCACUCCGGAGCAGCUGACUAUGGGGCUCCCCCUUUUGCGGGGUCGUGGGAGAACGACCUCGAAAUGGAUGUGGGUUCGGCUGGCCUGCGCGAUCGGCUUCCAGCGGCUGCACCUGCUCCGCUGGCGCGUUCAUCAGCGGUUCGAGCUGGACAACGUCGUGGCCCCUCCCUCGCUUCCCAGUGCGCUCAGAGCGUUCGAGCGAGAUUUUCUCUCUCGAGCGGGUUUUGUGCCUGGGGUUCGAGAUUGGGAGGUGUGAUGACCGAGUUAAGUCCUUCCUUCCCAUUUUCCUCCCCUCCUUUCCUCCCUUCCUUUUCGGUCAGAAGCUGACUGUCUUGAAACUUGUUGCGCAGUGGAAGGCUGCGCACCUCUCCCUCUCUCUACUUUGCGCAGUAGCGAUUUUCGUUCUUGGAUGGAUCGGCAAGCCGGGUCGAUCGUCGUUGCGUUGGAGGCUUUGUGAAGUUCUCCCCCCUCUUUCCCCCCCCUUUUUUUUCCCUUCCCUUCCUCUUCUCUUUCCUGUUGCUCGGUUGUUGACUACGCUUCAGCCACUUCUCCUUUUAUUCCUAAGCCGUGUGUUGGAUUCCGUCGAAUGGAUCGUUCGUUCGCGUUGGUCAAGUUCUACGGCAUGGAUCGGGAAGAAAGGUCGCUCGCUUCUUGGUCAAUAUCCUCGCGUCAAGGCGAGGCUCGUUUCGUGGUAUUGGAUCGUUUUCGCUCGGCCCCGACGGCUCAACAGCCAGCACUCGAGACUCAGCCAAGGGAGGACAUCAGGCGCUGUCGGGGUGACGAGUAGCUGGGGCUUGGCUGCGGCCUGUCAGUCCCUGGGGACCUCUAGCUCUGGCUUCGACCCCCUCCCUUGGCCCCUCGGGUGUGUUCCCCCUCCUCCUCCCCUCCUCUCUGUCUUAGUAUUCCUGGUUCUCCGUGUUUCCAGUCGUGAAUUUUUGUAUAUUCUCCCCUUUUCUUUCUCUAGGCGCUCUUGCCUGGUUUUCGAGUAUCUUCGCUCCCGCUCUUGGGACGUGAAGCGGCAGCAGUACUCACCGCCCGUUGGAGUCCGCGUUAGGUGCUCGGCGAGUUUUGAUCUGCGCAGCGCUCUUUGCGCGCAGGGGUUUGACUUUCACCCAAUUGCUUGCCGUCGUUGCUUUAUAACCUCUUUUAGCUCUUUUUCUAGCGGUCCCAGCCAACCCGAAGGAUUGCAAUUUAUGAGCCCCAGUAAAAAAAAACAAAAAACAAGAACACCCCCUUGGCGGCGGCGGUGGCGGCGGGACGACUCAACGUGCCUCCCCGGAUCGGCACCAGCGCACCACUCGAGGCGAUCAUCCCCAAGCCCGUGGCCCGCUUCGCAAUGGAGCAGCGCCUUCCGGACCCGGUGCUUCCACAACAGGCGAGCCAGUAUACGCUGCUGAACAUGGCUCGCCCCUACACAGUCCGUCGCAUCCGCCGGGUCCUGAACGCGAAGGCAUUUACCAACAUGCUCGGGCUCAAGGGACCACCGCAGCCGGACGACCUCAGGAGCUUCUGGAAGGCAGUCAACUCGAAGGCACUGACGGCGAGGGAGAGGGAAGUUUGGUUCAAGCUGAUCCUCCGCUUCACCCCGACGCGCAAACUCCAGCACGAGCAAAAGCACGACACUUCUCCCGCGUGCUUCGUCUGCGAAGCGCCGGUGGACGACACCGAUCACUACUUCUUCGGCUGCUUCGACUCGCGAAACGUCUGGAUCGCGGCGAGGGGCGUGCUCUGCGACGCGCUCGGAUGCGACACGAUCGAGGGCGCCGAGUACACGACGCUUCAACGACUCUUUGGCCUCCCCAAGCUCAAGGCCAAGCUCAGCGCACAGGAAGGCGCGGGCAGGACGAUCGAGAUCUUCACGGGGAUGGUUUUGGAGAUGAUCAGCAGUGGGAGAUGGAGGAUGCAGAAGCACGGGACGAGGAUGGAAAGCGUGGAGAGGAGGAGGGUGGUACUGGAGGAGAGGAUGAAGUUGAGGGCGGGAGGAGCAAGAGGCAGGCGAGGGCAGUAG